AUGGGCCGUACAGAGGAGUCAUUAAUCCGGGAACUAUUUAGCAACCUAACUUGUGAUGGCAGGACUCCCUCCCAACUUCUUCGUUAUAUGAAAAGCCGACUCGGCAAAAAUACCAUGGCCGACUCUAUAUUAAAAAGCUUGUGGCUGGACCGUCUCCCCACCACCAUAACCCAAAUUUUGGCGCCAAUGUCCGAAAACACCUCGAUCGAUCAAUUAGCGGACGCCGCGGAUCGUAUUUUCUCGCAACUGGAUAAUCAGACAACGCCGGUACACAGUGCUGAAGCGACUGGGGACCACAGGUCCUUGGAAAAAACAGUCGAGGAUUUGCAGCGCCAAGUUAAGGAUUUAACAUUGGCUCUAAAGAGCCGUGGUCGAAGCCGGUUCCCUUCCCGCCGGCGCUUCAGAAGUCGACCACGCUCGUCCAGUCGAGAUAAGGAUGCCACUCCUACUAUGUGUUACUACCACCGAAGAUUUGGGUCUAAAGCUCAUUACUGCGUCAAGCCGUGUACUUAUACUGCGGUCGCGGAAAACAAAACCGCCAGCGAGUGA